CUUCAUGAGACGUCAACCUAUCCCUAGUAUCCGCCAUAGCCCAAACGAAGCAAGAUCACCCAACAGUUUCGUUCCAGCUUCCCUCAAAUCCAUUGCAAGCGUUGCCGCAUGGAACGGGACGGGGAUCACGGGGAGAUGCCUCGCCAAUCCACCAGCAAUGCGGGCGACCCGGGCCAUAAGGAAUCACGAGAAGCGCCGCAGGUCCCGUUAGAGGCACAAUCUCCAAAGUCACAGAACCCACCAGAAGCGCGCCUCUCCCUGCCAGGUCACGCUCCACAGGCCGCACUGGCACGCGAUACUCCAUUCGGUUUAGACCCCUCCGGUUCUCUCUCCUUCGACGAGCUGUACCCGCCUCACGUGCUCGCCGUGCGCUCGCCGCUUCGCUACCACGAGCGCGGCUUCGCGCGAUACUUCCUCCGCGACGUGGGAGGCAUCAAGGGCAACGACCAGUACAUCUACAGACAUGCCAAUGGGCUCGUUGUGGUUGGCCUUGCUCCCUCCCAUGCAGCACUGGCAGCAGAUCGAGCGAUUGCAGCCGUUGAUUUCCAUGUCGGCAAGAGAAGCCGCAUGGAGAUGGAGGCGACUGGCAAGAACAAACAGAGGGCGACACCUCUGGAUGCCAACUCAGCGCUGUGCAAGGUUGUCAUGGUGUCGUCAUCUCCUGAUACUGUCACAAGCCCUGCUGCCGUUGCUGAUCGUGUUCUACUUUCGCGUGCUGCAGCAGCUGCUGAUACAGUCACGGCCACUGAUACAGUCGCAGCAGCUGAUACAGUCACAGCAAGUGAUACAGUCACAGCAAGUAAUACAGUCACAGCUACUGAUACAGUCACAGCAAGUAAUACAGUCACAGCAACUGAGACAGCCACAGCUGCUGCUGAUAGUGUCACAACAGCUUCUGGUACAACCACAGCUGCUGCAGUCACAGCCACUGGUACAGUCAUAGCCUCUGAUACAGUCAUAGCCUCUGAUACGGUCGCUACCACUGAUACAGUCACAACUACUACUGAGGGGACGAAGGAAGCGGGUUUGAGAUUAGGGGAAAGAGAUGGGUGUGAAGCGGUGAUAGUUAAAGGGAAGGAGGAAGGGCAAGGGCAGGGGAAUGGGCAAGGGCGGAAGAAUGGUCAAGGAUAUGAUUUCUACGUUGCCAGGUGCUGCAUCAAGGCUCGUCUGAUAGAGGUCAAUCGCCGCCUCGCCACUGACCCCAUGCUGCUGCGAGACAAGGCAUCAUCAGAGGGCUACAUUGCAGUCCUGCUGCCACAUCCUGCUGAGUGGGUAGCAGCAUUACCGAAACUCUUGACUGCGCAGCAAUAUGAAAGCGCGGAGAAAGAGUAGCAUGAACUCUUAUGCACGUGUUGUUACAGGAAUAAUUUUUUUUGUAACAAAAAAAAACAGAUUGUGAUUCGAUUUGACGAGUUCUGUUGUAAAGGACACAAGCUCCUUCACAUUCUGGCAGGUCCGAUGGACCUGCCUCUUAGAAUAGCAGAAUGAAUAGAACAAGGGAGUACAG